AUGCGCGGACUCUCAGUCCUCCUCCUGGCUCCUUUGGCCCUAGCAGGGACGAUUGCCAAACGCGACGCACAAGCAGUUUACGACGACAUUACCGGAAUCGACACUGCAGUCCGCCAUUUGACAGACGUCCUCAAUGCCUACAAUGGCGGCAUUCGAGAAUCUUCUCCAGUCUUCAACGCCUCACUCGCCGUCCAUGCCAUCAACAGGAAAGGAUUCGCCGACGCCAACGCUUCUGGACCAUUCUCCUCUGCAGACUCCAAGCGGAUCGUCGACCACGUUAACGACUCAGUCGGUGUCUCGAUUCCCCAGAGCGUGACGGUAAUCGAGGCGAAGAAGCCACUAUUCGACGACGCGCAGCUCACGAGCUUGGUCAAGGCCACGAUUGAUCUCUUAAAAUCCGACCACGAGACUUUCUCUUUGGCGACGGGUGCAAAACUGAGUGCGGACCAGAUUCUAUCGGGUGCGGUCGCGGCGGGAAAGAUUGAUGCUGUUUUGCAAGGUGCAAGUCUGUAUUACGCACUCUGA